AUGCUUGCAUCCACGGGACGUGGAGGCGCGGGAAACAUCCGAUCCGGACAGUCGCCCAAGAUCACCCCCCAGGACCUCGAGACGCCUACGUUGAAGACUUCAGUUGUUACCACUGGCCGUGGGGGCCAUGGAAAUAUGGUAGCGGGAGAUUCUUCAGUCAAGCGUACGCUCCAGGAUGUUGAAGCCAUUCCUCGACGCGACAGCGGUGGCGCAACACAUUAUGGUAGGGGAGGAGCCAAUGUCUUCAAAGGUUCCCCAGAGGAAGAGGCCGCCGCCCGCAAGGCCAAGGCCGAGGGCGCGAGCGCCGUCGACGACGAACAGUCCUCGUUCCGCAAGAGCCCGUCUCCCGAGGACAAGGGCAACGGCCUUGCUGCCAAGGGCAAGCAGUGGUUCAACAACCUGGGCAAGAAGGCAUGA